GGGAUAAAUAUUUUACUUUGGAAUUUAUAUACAAAUGAAUAUCAAUAUGAUAUUCCAUUAAACGAAGUUGAUAUUAGUAUUUUUAAUAGUGCAAAAAUUCCUGGUAAAUACAUAUCUGUCAAUAAAAAUGGAAGAAUAUUAUCGAUAUAUGAUACUUUAAAUUCAAUAAUUAGCAGGAAAGAUGUAAAUAUUCUUAUACCAAAAUUUAAAAUAUACAAAGAUGGUAAAGUACCAACUGAAAUGAACGUAUUAAAGUUUGAUAAUAAUAUUAUUUAUCAUCAAAAUCUUUCAAAAAAAGAAGCACAAAUUCUUAAAAAUAAUAUAGAACCAUGGACAACAGAUAAUUAUGAAAAGACAUGGGUAUAUCUUGAUCAAAAAGAAUCGAUGCAGUUAUAUAUUGGAAAAUAUACUAUUCAAAUAUGGUGCAAAAUUGGGCAAAAAGAAAAAUUCGUUCUUAAAUAUUUUUGGGCUACUGAAAAUUAUAUAUUACGAAUACUAGAAUUAGAUGUUUAUGAAAAUGGUUUUUCUAUCAAGUUAGAAAAUAACAUUCAGAUUAAAUGGUUCUAUAAUGAUGAUGACGAUAUUGAUUUAAUUAGGCAUGCUUGCGAUUCCCUUGAAUAUCUAUAUUAUCAAAGAUAUAAAUUAAUUGGAUAUGAGAAUCAGCAUGUGUUUGAGGAAAUUAAAUAUAAUAUUUCUCUUAUAGUUUGUAAAUUUAUUAGAAAGUAUCCGAACACUUGGAAAAUGUUGGAUAUUCAUUAUAACCUUAUGGCAAAAAUUAUAAUUGGUGGCACAAAUACUCUCAUUAAAUUUAUUUUAUUUGGUAAUGAAAAAGUAAAAUUUAAAUAUUUACAUAUACCAAAAAUAACUCGAUGGAUUAAUUUGAAAAAAUCUACAAAGAAAAAAAUUGAUUCUAAAAAAAUCAUUCAAGUAAAAGAUAAUUUGAAAAAACCUACAAAGGAAAAAAUUGAUUUAAUUAAAUUCAGUGAUUUACAACUAGCUAUUAAUUUGUGUAAACCAGAUAUUGAACGUAACCGUAGAAUUUUAAUUGUAGCUUAUUUACUUGAAUAUUAUACAAAAAAUGCAACUGAAAAUCAUGGAUGGUUAAUUACUAUUUCAAAAGCAUUACCAGAUUUAUAUACAUUUAAAUUAGAGUAUUUUGUGAGCGAAUUAUUUUGCAAAACAUGCAUGGAAGGUAUAGAAAUAUCAAAUAUUAUUGAAUAUAUGGAUUUUAUGCCUAAAAACUUUCAUAUUAUUUCAAAAAAGUUUACAGCAUUUAAACCAAAUUCGAAUUUUAAAUCGACAAGUGUGCCAAAAUUAAAUUUUAAAGCUUUAGGAAAUUAUUUGAAGUUAAUAUUAACAAAACUUUACGUUAAAAUUUUUCCCAACGAUCACGAAAACUAUUUUCCAGUUGUAAAAAUAGUUCCUUUACAUAAUUUUACUGUUAAUAGUUUAUCUCAAAAAACUUACGACCAUGAAGGUUCAUUUAUUAUCAAAAUAUUGAAAUUAUUAUUUAUUCCUCGAGGUUAUUUUGUUAAUAAUUCAGAUAAUGCAGAAAAUUUUUCACAACUCAGUCCAUUUGUUCAAAUCAUUAGAUCAGAAAGAUGCUAUUUAUUAAUUGUAGAAUAUAGACAGUUUAGACAUCGAGACUGGAGAUAUUAUAUUAAUUUAUUUAAUUGUAUUGAUUUAGCUUCAACUGUCUUGGCAAUUUUUGUAAUGUCAUAUUGUGUUAUUCCUUCAUUUAAUACUAAAAACGCUUUUGCUAAUGCUAAGACCAGCCAAGAAAAUACUAUAGCAAUUUCUUUUACUGUUCUAUUACUGUGGUUAGAAUUUAUUUUUUAUCUUCGGUUAUUGUCAGAACCAGCAAAAUACAUAUAUAUUAUGAUAAAUAUCAUUAAAAAGACUUGGAUAUUUCUUUCUUUUAUGAUUCUUGUAAUGGCAGGAUUAGCACAUA